GGAGAGCCCAGGAGAUACUCUGGACACUUGCCAGCUCCCUGGAUAACUGGGUUUGCUGUAAGGGAGAGAAAGCAGGGAAAAAAAAUAAUAAAUCUGGCCAGUGCUAUGGUUAUUUCCUUCUUUUUCAAUUUCAGAAAGUCUGUCGCUCCCUCUGUCUCCCUCUUGCUGUAUACAGUGUGUCACAGGACAUUCCAUCCUACUAACAGCACAUUUGGAUUCUUGGUUUUGUGAUUUCAGUGUAUUGCAUGGAUUUUGGAUUUUGCAUCAACAUGCGAAACAUAAUUCCUAUUGGGGUUCUGUUCCUUGUGGCAACUGGUGUCAGUUUUACAGCUGCAGAUCCAGCCAGCAAUCUCCAUGGACAUCCAGAAAGAAAUGAGAUUUGUAGUGAACACAUAAAACUUCACCAACGCCUAGAUACUAUACAGGAGAGCGUGGAGAAAACAGUAGAAUACCUUUAUUCGGAGGUGAACUCACUAGUUGAAAAUAUAGCAGGAGCAUCAUGGGCUCUACCCUCAUCUCCUGGGGUUCCUAUUGUGGACAUAUUUGAGGAUGAUUCCAGAUGAAGAAUUGUUUGAACCAUAAAGUCUUCCCCUUGCUACACACGUUUUAUGUAUUUUUUUUUAUAUGCACUUUGUUAAUGUUGAAAUAAAUUUUAUUUUAAUAAACUGGGAGCCUGUGCUCUGACAUUAUGCAACAACUUGUUUGACGCAUAAAAAAACACUAACGUACAGUUUUAUAUGUGGAGACAUAAAAAGCGAUGAUUCUGUGUUGCUGUACAUAUCACGCUAGCAAUUUUAUUUUUUUGCAGAGGUUGCAAUAAGUUAGGAAUACAAGAGAUAAUUCUUUCUUGAAUAAAAAAAUUUUCUAUGUAAUUAUUUCAUUCUUAAAAACGUAUUUCUCUGUGCUUUAAAAACAAACACUUUAUGCAUGUGGGUUUGGCAUUUUCCACCAAUACAGAGGUAGGGUUUGCCCUAAUUAUUAUCAGGUAUUUGUAGAACGCCAACAGAUUCCGCAGCGCUGAAAAAAAUCUAAUCUAAUCUUAUCAGCCUGUAAACGCUGUAUCCCUGCAGAAACAAGCAUUUCCUGUGUGUUAGAAUAAGGAUCAAAAAGAGAGAAUGUUUAUUGAGCUUUAGGUAUAAAUUCUGCUCGUUUAGCACUGCUAUUCUUUCCUGCCUUUUUGUUUGUCUGGAUCCAUUACAGCAAAUGCCUAUUUGUUCAUCAGCUGUUUUUUUAUUGUAUAUACUGCUGUAUAUCCUGAAAAUAUAAAUAUACAAAAAUACCUAACACAACAUAAAGUAUAUUUUAAAGCACAAUAAAAUGGUAAUGUCAUAGUAACACAUCCAUCAUUAAAACUAAUUCUACUGUGCUGGAAAAGAAAAUUA